AUGGGCAGACAAAAGAUCUAUUUGGAAAAACUGUCCAAGACCUUCCAAAUCCGCAACCUACUGCUUCGCCAGGCCCUGGCCGAAUGUCUGGGAACCCUUAUCCUUGUGAUGUUUGGCUGCGGUGCAGUGGCCCAAUUAGUGUUGAGUAGUGGCUCUCAUGGUUUGUUUCUGACCGUCAACUUUGCCUUUGGUUUUGCCGCCACCUUGGGAAUCCUAGUCUGUGGCCAAGUAUCAGGAGGACAUCUGAACCCUGCAGUAACGUUUGCCCUGUGCCUGCUUGGGAGAGAACGCUGGAGAAAGUUUCCCAUGUACUUCCUGUUUCAAACAAUCGGUGGUUUCUUGGGUGCAGCUAUUAUUUUUAGCAUGUACUAUGAUGCCUUGUGGGACCAUCCUGGUGCAUUCAAUGUCACUGGGCCACGUGCUACAGCAGGAAUAUUUGCCACCUAUCCUGGAAAACAUCUCACCAUCGUCAAUGGCUUUUUUGAUCAGAUUAUUGGCACAGCAGCACUGAUCGUUUGCAUCCUGGCCAUUGUCGAUCCCUACAAUAAUCCCAUCCCGCAAGGAUUGGAAGCUUUCACUGUGGGCUUUGUGGUUCUGGUCAUUGGGCUUUCUAUGGGCUUCAACUCAGGCUACGCUGUCAAUCCUGCCAGAGAUCUUGGACCUCGUAUUUUUACUGCCAUGGCUGGGUGGGGAAUCGAAGUAUUCACUGCUAGAAAUGGUUGGUUCCUUGUACCUGUUUUCGCCCCCUUCCUCGGCGCCAUCAUCGGUGUGAUCAUUUACCAAAUGAUGGUUGGCUUCCACGAGGAAGGAGAAGUGCGUGACCGGAGAAUCGCUGAACAGGAGGAAAACUUGCGACUCACUGACGUCGCCGCCAAUGACAAGUCCAAAGAGGCUACCAAACAAGUGCACUGA